CGAUGGCACAGAGAUAAGUGGAAUGAAAAUUCUGUCAAAUAGUGAAAAAGUGCAAAACACAGAACUUACCGACACACGUACACGUACGAGUACGUCCCGUGUGUGUAGGAAAAAGAAAAAUAAUUCCCUGAAGCUCAGAUCGGAAAACCACCAACAAAAGGAAACGGAAAAGCGCUCCUUGCGAGAGAGGGUAGCAGCAGCAAGUAACGAGCAGCAAGGAUGGCAUUCAGCGUGCUAAACACGGUCGCAAAGCGUACCGCCGCCAAUGUUUAUGUAACCGGUGGUGGGCUGCUGAAAAAUGUCGCCGCUUUAUAUAAUGCGCGCCAACCGGCCCGUUCCGCCGGCAAAUGGUUCCCGGACGAGGAGUUUAUCGAUCAGUUUAAGGGUCCGGUCAUGUACCCGGACGAGGUGACCUCGCGCUGGAAGCUGCCACCGUGGAACAGCAAGAUCGCACCGGUGGAGAAGACGGUGCGGAACCUAAGCCUUAACUUUGGCCCACAGCAUCCGGCCGCUCACGGUGUGUUGCGGUUGGUUCUGGAGCUGGACGGUGAGACGGUGAUGCGAGCGGAUCCGCACAUCGGGCUACUGCACCGAGGUACCGAGAAGCUGAUCGAGUACAAAACGUACACACAGGCGUUGCCAUACUUUGACCGCCUCGACUACGUCUCGAUGAUGUGCAACGAGCAGUGCUAUUCGCUCGCGGUCGAGAAGCUGCUCAACAUCGACAUACCGCUGCGGGCGAAGUACAUCCGUGUGCUGUUCGGUGAAAUAACCCGCAUCCUGAACCACAUCAUGGCAGUCGGUACGCACGCACUGGAUGUGGGUGCCCUGACACCGUUCUUCUGGCUGUUCGAGGAGCGCGAAAAGAUGAUGGAGUUUUACGAGCGUGUGUCCGGUGCCCGCAUGCACGCUGCCUACAUAAGACCCGGCGGUGUCUCGCAGGAUCUGCCGCUCGGUCUGCUGGACGACAUCUACGAGUUUGCGUCCAAGUUCGGUGAACGGUUGGACGAGGUGGAGGAUGUGCUGACGACGAACCGCAUCUGGGUGCAGCGUACGGUCGACAUUGGCGUGGUGUCGGCAGAAGAUGCCCUCAACUACGGAUUCAGCGGGGUCAUGUUGCGCGGUUCUGGCAUCAAGUGGGAUCUGCGCAAGUCCCAGCCGUACGAUGCAUACGAUCUGGUGGAGUUCGAUGUGCCGAUCGGUACGAAGGGUGAUUGUUACGAUCGCUAUCUGUGCCGUAUCGAGGAGAUGCGUCAGUCGCUGCGCAUCAUCGACCAGUGCCUGAACCAGAUGCCGGCCGGUGAGAUCAAGACGGACGAUGCGAAACUCACACCACCGUCCCGGGGUGAGAUGAAGCAUUCGAUGGAGGCGCUCAUUCAUCACUUCAAGCUGUUCACGCAAGGUUACCAGGUGCCGCCCGGUGCGACGUACACCGCAGUGGAAGCACCGAAGGGUGAAUUCGGUCUGUACCUGGUGUCGGACGGUUCCAGCCGACCGUACCGCUGCAAGAUUAAGGCGCCCGGGUUUGCUCAUCUGGCCGCGCUAGACAAGGUCGGCCGUCAUCACAUGCUGGCGGAUGUGGUGGCCAUUAUCGGCACGCUUGACGUAGUGUUCGGAGAGAUCGAUCGUUAAACCGUGCAAUCCGGUUGCUAAUAGCGUUAUUACUCCUUUCGCCCACUUGUUUUGUCCGUUAAACUAGAACAUAAACUAAACCAUCGAACCGUACUGGCGACACUUAUCCUUGGGAUCGAAGCUAGGAUUUAUUGUCGUAAAAAAUCGAAACGAACACUCAUACAGACACCAGUGUCCUUGCGGUUUGGGUGUUGUAAAGCUUGAGUUAUUGUAAAUGAGAAUAAAUAAUUACACUAAAACGAAACUGAAUGUACGUCUGUUAU